AGUGUGGCAAUCCUGGCGGCGCCGAGUGUUGCCCGGGCCGGAGCAGCGGAGCGCGCGACAGUGGCGGCGACGGCUCCGGCAGCGGCUCCCGCGGCGGCGGCGGCCGGGGACUGGAGGAAGGAGACCCUGGCUUCGCAGGGGGCCCGGCUGGGGCAGAGGCGAGGGACCUGGGGGGGCGCUGGCUUUGGCCCCGCCUGGGGCAGGAUGGUGAAUCUGGAGUCCAUGCACACAGAUAUCAAGAUGAGUGGGGAUGUAGCCGAUUCCACGGAUGCUCGCAGCACUCUCAGCCAGGUGGAGCCAGGAAAUGAUCGAAAUGGCCUAGAUUUCAACAGGCAGAUUAAAACCGAAGAUCUCAGUGAUUCCCUGCAGCAGACCCUCUCCCAUCGGCCAUGCCACCUGAGUCAAGGACCUGCCAUGAUGUCCGGAAACCAAAUGUCUGGGCUAAAUGCCAGCCCAUGUCAGGACAUGGCUUCCCUCCAUCCGCUCCAGCAGCUUGUGCUGGUUCCCGGCCACUUACAGUCUGUAUCCCAGUUCCUGCUAUCUCAGACCCAGCCUGGGCAGCAAGGUCUGCAGCCAAAUCUCCUCCCCUUUCCACAGCAACAAAGCAGUCUCCUCCUCCCACAGACUGGGCCGGGACUGGCAUCCCAGGCAGUUGGGCGCCCUGGGCUGCCAGGAUCCUCUUUAGAACCCCACCUGGAAGCAUCCCAGCAUAUCCCAGUGCCCAAGCAUCUACCCAGCUCUGGAGGGGCCGAUGAGCCCAGUGACCUCGAGGAGCUGGAGAAGUUUGCCAAGACCUUCAAGCAGAGGCGCAUUAAGCUGGGCUUCACACAGGGAGAUGUGGGGCUGGCGAUGGGAAAGCUGUAUGGCAACGACUUCAGCCAGACCACCAUCUCACGAUUUGAGGCCCUCAACCUGAGCUUCAAGAACAUGUGCAAGCUCAAGCCCCUGCUGGAGAAGUGGCUGAAUGAUGCAGAGUCCUCUCCGUCAGACCCCUCAGUGAGCACGCCCAGCACCUACCCCAGCCUCAGUGAAGUAUUUGGUAGGAAGAGAAAGAAACGGACCAGCAUCGAGACCAACAUCCGCCUGACUCUGGAGAAGAGGUUUCAAGAUAACCCAAAACCCAGCUCGGAGGAGAUCUCCAUGAUUGCAGAGCAGUUGUCCAUGGAGAAGGAGGUGGUGAGGGUCUGGUUCUGCAACCGACGCCAAAAGGAGAAGCGAAUCAACUGCCCUGUGGCCACACCCAUCAAACCACCUGUCUACAACUCCCGGCUGGUAUCUCCCUCAGGGUCUCUGGGCCCCCUCUCUGUCCCUCCUGUCCACAGUACCAUGCCUGGAACAGUAACGUCAUCCUGUUCCCCUGGGAACAACAGCAGGCCUUCAUCUCCUGGCUCAGGACUCCACGCCAGCAGCCCCACUGCAUCUCAAAAUAACUCCAAAGCAGCAGUGAACUCCGCCUCCAGUUUUAACUCUUCAGGAUCUUGGUACCGAUGGAAUCAUCCCACCUACCUCCACUGAGACCAAAAAGUUUCUCCUACUCCACCUGGCCCUGUAUUCCCGCUGGAAGGAAGGGAAUCAUGCCUUCUAUAUACAGACAGAUUGCCCUCAGAAGAGUGGAAGAAAAUCUCCACUAUCAAUGAACCCAGACUCUUGUCUUCUUCAAGAGCAAGGGCCUCCGGAGAUCCAAACUGUGAUUGAACCAAGUGCAGACUCCUAAUGCUCUUGAAAUACACAGCCCCUCCUAGGAGCUUACCGUUUUCACCUUCCUUGCCUAUGCCCUUGCCUUCUAGUUCCAAAUAUUUUAGCCAGCUUCACUGUGGCAAUAGUCUUUCAGAGAAAAGACUUCUUGCUGUUAUUCUCCAACUCAUCCGUGGGCUUCUGGGGACAGCCAUUUGGCUGGGGUGCCAAACACCAGAAGGGGAGAUAAUAGUUUUGACUCUGAACUUGGCCACAACCCCUGAACUGAUCCCAAAAUCUGUGAAAAGAUUUGAAUCUGAUAUCUCCACCAAAGCCUUGAUGUUUUCUCUGUACAGCUAAGUUUUCUGAUGGAAUCUUCAUCUCACCCCAUUUUCUUUUUAACCUCGCCCCCUUUUCUACAAUCAAAUCCAUUCAUUAUUGCGCCCUCCAGGUCCCCUCCUUUUUGCAGAAGGUGUAAAAGAGCUGCCCUUGGUGGGUGCCCUGGGCAUGUUGCAAUGCCUGCUGGUGCCCUUCUGUCUGUCCACGUCUGCCUAGGGCUCAGGAGUGCCUGUUCUUUCCCUUCCUCCCUGUGUUUCUCUUUAUCCUGUCCCCUCUCCUUUCUCCUGGCAGCAGAAAAGGAAGAACACAAGAGCAAACACACAGCAAUGAUGGUGGCAAAGUACCUGUAUAUAGCCCUUUCCCAUUUUUUGCAUUAUGUUCUUAACUCCUUAAUGUGGAAUUUUCCAGCAAAAUGUUUAACUCAGGUGUGAUUUUUGAAAAUGUCUCUGUAAUAUUUUAUCUUCUUUAAAAAAAGGGGGGGGGGAAAUACCAAAGUGUGAAAUACUGUGCUACCUUCCAGAGUUCCCACAUGGGCUGGGAUUUUUUUUUCUUUUUCUUUUUCUUUUUUUGAGACAGCCUGGGCUGGAGUGCAGUGGUGUGAUCUUGGCUCACUGCAUGCUCUGCCACCUGGGUUCAAGCGAUUCUCCUGCCUCAGCCUCUCAAGUAGCAGGAUUACAGGCGCCCACCACCAAAAAUUAGCCCAGCUAAUUUUUGUAUUUUUAGUAGAGAUGGGGUUUCACCAUGUUGGUCAGGCUGGUCUUGAACUCCUGACCUCCUGAUCCACCCACCUCAGCAUCCCGAAGUGCUGGGAUUACAGGUGUGAGCCACCGCGCCUGGCCUGGGCUGGGAAUCUUUGUUGACUUCUUUGGGAACAUUAUCUCUAGAGUCUGCUUUUUUGUGGGCCAGUUUGUAGAGAUGUAACGUGAAGCCAUUCCAGAAUGGUAACUUAAAAAAAAAAAAGACUACAUGUCUAGGAAACUGUUGAGAUUCAAAGGAAUCUCACUGUUCCUAAAUAAAUGUGUAUAGUGAUUAUGAAAAGUAUUCCACUGUUGAUAAGAAGAGGUUUAGAUUCUUGUUCUGUGCCUUUUUGUUGUUGUGGGGGGCAUGUGAGUGCAUAUAAUGAAAUGGGAUGGCAGAAAAUCUUUCAAAUUGGGACAUUAAGUGUAUUACUCCCCAAACUGAUGCUAAAGAUGACAUAUGUUAUUACAGGGCCCUGAAGAAUUCAGAGUUGUUACUCUCUGUAACAUAACUACCUUGAGUGCAGAGUAGGCCAGAGAUAUUGUAAGAGGGAGGAUGGUGAAUGUUUAAGGUGAAGUCAUUUGAAACCUAAAAGGUGGGGACUGAGGCUAUUGUCUCAUGUCUCAGAUACCCUGAACGGCAGUUAUUCAUUACUCACAAUAUAAAGCAAUAAAUAGUUAAGGCAGAGGAUAAUUUAAUAAUCACAUACUAGCUGGGCUUGGUGGUGUAUGCCUGUAGUCCCAGCUACUGCAGUGCCUGAGAUGGGAGGAUCUAUUAAGCCCAGGAAGUCAAGGCUGCAGUGAGCAAUGAUCAUGCCGCUGCACUCCAGCCUGAACAACAGAGUGAGCCCCUGUCUCAAAUAUACAUAUUUGUUUCGUAUAUAUAUAUAUAUAUAUGGCUUCAGAAUGCAUUGUGACUUUUGGUGAAGAGGUUGAAAGGCAGCAAACCUAUUCUUGUGGUUUUUCUUAGAUUAAUACAAAUUUAAAUAUUUACCGUUGGAGCUUGCAGUGAGCCAAGAUUGUGCCACUGCACUCCGGCCCGGGCGACAGAGCGAGACUCCGUCUCAAAAAAAAUAAAAUAAAUAAUAAAUAGUUACCAUUACUGAGAUAAACGCUGACCUGUGGGAAAGAGAGGCCCUUCAAAAAUGUAAUGGCUGAUGGGGAAAAACUAAAAUUGGGAUUAAACACUUCUUGCAAGUAAUAAUAUCCACACAGGAAACCUAAAUAUCAAUAAUGAAGAGUUAACCGCUCCCUGAUGUUUGAAUGGGGCUUUAAAAAUUCCUAUUUCACGUCAUGAAGUGGGAGAAGGCCUAAUGGUAAUGUUUACUUUCUCAAGAAAAUAUCUAGUUAAAAGGGUCCAGGUAUGUAGCAAAGAGACAGCAAGAGGAGCCUUUGGCAGUACUUUAAGUAAUUAAGGGGACUGCUCCACCACCCAUGACCCCAUCUGUGCGUAUCUCUGCACACAUACACAUGCAUGCAUGCAUUCCUCCCUGUAUGCUCGUGGAUGCUAGAGCUGACCCUUUUCUACAGAAGUCCUGGCUACCUUGACAUCCUACUCAGGUGAGUGCUGAAAGCUGAUCCUCUGCAUUGUCCAAAACUUGGAUUUUCAUCCAUUUGCCCGUGAUUUUUUAUGAAAGAAAUAAACAGAAUUGUAGCCUGUUCAGACUCCAGUAGCUUUCCUUGCCAACUAACUUGCACAUUGCUGAACAGAAUCAAGCCUGAAAGUGAGUAAGGUCACCUUUCAUGUCUGCAUGAUUCUGUAAAAUCUGUAAUUCCAGGCAAGUUUAACUGAAGCUUGAU